AUGGUGCCGCCGCCUGGGCUGGUGCAGGGCGAGAACGUGCGCGGGGUGAUCACCAUGAACGAGGAGUAUGAGACCAGGUUCCUGUGCAACAACGCCAAGGAAUGGAAGGAAGUGGGAGUUGAGCAGCUGCGGCUCAGCACAGUAGACAUGACGGGUGUCCCAACCGUGGCUAAUCUGAAGAAGGGGGUCGAGUUUGUUCUCAAGUACAAGUUACUGGGCCAGUGUGUCUAUGUGCAUUGCAAGGCUGGGCGUUCCAGAAGUGCCACCAUGGUGGCAGCCUAUUUGAUUCAGGUGCAUAACUGGAGUCCAGAAGAGGCUAUAGGAUUCCUCACCAAGAUCCGGUCACACAUCCACAUAAGACCUGGCCAGUUAGAAGUUCUCAAAGAGUUCCACAAGAUUACUGCAAGGGCAGCAAAGGACAAGCCUGGCCACAUUAAAGACAUGAAGUGUGUGGAUUAG